CAGUGAAGCUCCUCCUCAGCCUCCUACGUUACAGACAAACCUGGAAAUCUGCAUCUGAGGACAAGGGAUUUUUCAGGGCAGGAACUUUCAAGAUGGAUACCUCAAAACUUCCUAAGAUCCAGGAUGAAGAACGAGAAAGCCAGUUUGGAUAUGUUCAUGGAGUUUCUGGACCAGUGGUGACAGCUACAGCGAUGGCUGGAGCCGCCAUGUACGAGCUGGUCCGUGUAGGCCACAGUGAGCUGGUCGGAGAAAUCAUCCGUUUAGAGGGAGACAUGGCAACUAUCCAGGUCUACGAGGAGACUUCUGGUGUGUCUGUCGGUGACCCUGUCCUUCGCACAGGUAAACCCCUCUCUGUAGAGUUGGGGCCGGGAGUCAUGGGCUCCAUCUUUGACGGUAUCCAGCGUCCACUUAAAGACAUCAAUGACCUCACUCAGAGCAUCUACAUCCCAAGAGGAGUAAACAUCGGUGCCCUUAACAGAGACCUCAAAUGGGAAUUUUCCCCUGUUCAGAGUCUUCGGGUUGGCAGUCACAUUACAGGUGGAGAUAUAUAUGGCAAUGUGUUUGAAACCCCCCUAGUAAAGCACAAGCUGAUGCUUCCGCCUCGCAGCAGAGGCACCGUCUCCUACCUGGCCCCACCCGGAAACUACGACAUUUCUGAUGUGGUUCUGGAGCUCGACUUUGAAGGUGUAAAGGAGAAGUUCACCAUGGUGCAGGUGUGGCCAGUACGACAAAUCCGACCAGUCACAGAGAAGCUACCUGCCAAUUUUCCACUGCUCACUGGUCAGAGAGUCCUGGAUGCCCUGUUCCCUUGCGUGCAGGGUGGCACCACUGCUAUUCCAGGCGCCUUUGGAUGCGGAAAGACAGUGAUCUCUCAGUCGUUGUCCAAGUACUCCAACAGUGACGUCAUUGUCUAUGUCGGCUGUGGAGAGCGUGGAAAUGAAAUGUCUGAAGUACUGCGAGAUUUUCCUGAGCUUACUAUGGAAGUCGACGGCAAAGUUGAGAGCAUCAUGAAGAGAACAGCACUGGUUGCUAAUACAUCCAACAUGCCUGUGGCUGCCCGAGAGGCUUCCAUUUAUACAGGGAUCACACUGUCUGAAUACUUCAGAGAUAUGGGUUAUAAUGUGAGCAUGAUGGCCGACUCAACUUCUCGAUGGGCCGAAGCUCUGAGAGAAAUCUCUGGAAGAUUGGCUGAAAUGCCUGCUGACAGCGGAUAUCCUGCUUAUCUGGGCGCCAGGCUCGCCUCCUUCUAUGAGCGUGCAGGACGUGUGAAGUGCCUGGGAAAUCCAGAGAGAGAAGGCAGUGUCAGCAUCGUAGGAGCUGUGUCGCCCCCUGGUGGAGACUUCUCAGAUCCUGUCACUUCAGCCACAUUGGGCAUUGUUCAGGUGUUCUGGGGAUUGGACAAGAAGCUGGCUCAGAGAAAGCAUUUCCCUUCUGUAAAUUGGCUUAUUAGUUACAGCAAGUACACACGAGCUCUGGAUGAAUAUUAUGACAAACAUUUCCCUGAGUUCGUUCCUCUGCGUACAAAAGCCAAAGAGAUUCUGCAGGAGGAGGAGGACCUGGCUGAAAUUGUGCAGCUUGUAGGCAAGGCUUCUCUUGCUGAGACUGAUAAGAUAACCCUAGAAGUUGCUAAGCUCAUCAAAGAUGACUUCCUGCAGCAGAACGGUUACACCCCCUAUGACAGGUUUUGCCCCUUCUACAAAACUGUUGGCAUCCUCUCAAACAUGAUUGCUUUUUACGACAUGGCCCGUCAUGCGGUAGAGACCACAGCUCAGACUGACAACAAAGUCACCUGGGCCAUGAUCAAAGAGCAUUUGGGAGAGAUCCUGUAUAAGAUCAGCUCGAUGAAGUUCAAGGACCCCGUUAAGGAUGGCGAAGCUAAGAUCAAAGCAGACAACGCCCAGCUUCUGGAGGACAUGCAGAACGCUUUCCGGACCCUGGAGGAAUGAGUUUCUUAGCUCUAAACCCCUUUCUCAAAUAUCCAAACCCCAGUGCAGUGCAACAUAGUGCGGAUUGAAUGGCCUGUGUUCUGAAUGUCUGCCUCAGUCAUGUGAACUCUUUUAUUCCUCUGUGUUUACGUCCCCUUAAACAUUCCAUGGGCUGCACACAUUUGCAUUUCAUUUUGUUGAUUUUGGACAACUCAUGCUGGAAUCCCCUACAACACCUGAAAAAAUGGAUCGCUCUGGCAAUGUAGCAACACCUUCACUCAACACUCAGCACUUGUUGAUCACUACGCCAUCAUGUUGUGGUGAUAAUCAGUGGGCCCCAAUCAGAUGCUGCACAUGCACUUAACUACUAGCUGCAACAAAGGGUGGACAGGGUUUCUUUCGCCCUGAUGUGAGUGAUCAUUACAGAUUAUUAAUCAAAUGGGAACAUGCACAUGGUUAAAGGGACAUAUGCAUUGGUUGUAUCAGGGGAGCGGGGUUAAAGCAUUCUUCCACCUCUUACCUCUUAAAGUGUGAUGAUAGUGAUGUUGUGGAAUAUAUACUUGAUAUUAUGUGUAAAAUGUGAAUGAAUGAGUCUGUUAGAGUUGUGAUGUAACAGAUGUCUCACUAUUAUAUUCAUGUAAUGUAACUGUCUCCUGAAAUAAAUGUAAAG